GCGGAGGGCGGGGAGGGGGCGUCGCCGGGGCCUCGCCGUCCGCCGCGGCUCUGGCCGCCGCGCCCAUGGCCCAGCGGGCGCCCAGGGGGCAGGGGCAGGACGAGGAGGAGGGAGCGGAGGAGGAGGAGGCGGCGGCGAGGGGCAGCCAGGCGCGGGCCAGGAGCCAUGCGGAGCCCGCGGCGAGCGGCGGCAGGAGCCAGGACCGGCAUGAGAGGAAGCGGAAGAGGCAGGAGGCGCAGCAGCUCCAGAAGAUCCAGCACCUGGAGUCUUUCUAUGAGAAACCUCCCCCUGGGCUAAUUAAGGAGAAUGAAACAAAACCAGAAGACUGCAUACCUGAUGUACCAGGCAAUGAAAGUGCACGAGAAUUCCUGGCACAUGCCCCAACAAAAGGGCUUUGGAUGCCUUUGGGAAAAGAAGUCAAAGUUAUGCAGUGUUGGAGAUGUAAACGUUACGGACACAGAACAGGAGAUAAGGAAUGCCCGUUCUUUAUUAAAGGCAAUCAGAAAUUGGAACAAUUUAGAGUAGCACAUGAAGAUCCAAUGUAUGAUAUAAUAAGGGAAAAUAAGCGUCAUGAAAAAGAAAAGAGGAUACAGCAACUGAAGCAGCUCCUGGAGGACUCUACCUCAGAAUCUGAUAGCAGUGAUGACAGUGAUGAAGAUGAUGAAGAUAGCAGCAGCUCCACUUCCUCAGAACAUAAACACAAGAAGAAAAAGAGAAAAAAGGAAAAGAAAAAGAAAGAAAAGAAGAAGAAGAAAAAGAGGAAGCGUAAAUCAUCCAAAUCUAAUGACAAGUCAGGAUCUGACUGACAGCAGUCACCUGCUGCAUGCCUAUUGACCUCUCUACUUGUGAACUGCGAGGAAAGAUCCAAAGAAUGAGGAGGAAAACACCAGAAAGGGCUUUAUUAAACUUGAAACAUACAUAUGUGUGCAUACAGCAUCCUACACUGGCAUCCUCUUCUGCCCCUCUGCAGCCAGAAAGAAGAAAGCUGCAUUAAACCAUAUCCUUGUGCUGUAAAACCCGUGCUGGGUGUCAUCCAGCUUGGUCAGAUGGGGCCUCUGCAUUGCUGCCUGUGACCAGCAGCAGAAAGCAGCGACCACCGAGGGAUCACCAACAAGCCUGUAGCAUUAGCAGACUGUCUGUUGAAGUGUUUUUACUUUGUGAAGUUAUUUUAUUAUAUACAAAGCCUCUUUGUAACAGGACUGCAGUUUGCACCAUGCAGGGCACUGAGGGCUGCCUUACAGUGCUUGUAAUGAGCAGGUUGUACUGUAUUUCCUUCUGCGCAUACGUGCUGAAGUUCUGUGUACCAAUCCUAAUGUUGGCAGCUAGGAAAAUAAAGAGUUCUGCUGCAGGGGAAAAAAGAUAAUCAAGGGGAUUUACUUUAAGACAAAAUUGCACCAUCAGCAAGACUUCUUUUUUUUUUUUUUUUUUGGUGUGUGUGUAACAAAAUCUCAAUAUCACCCUCAUUAAUGCACAGUUCUGAAACACCUGAAGUGAAACAUCUAAACAGUGUCUAAACCAUAGAAGUGGGAGCCUGUAGGAAUGCGCUCCCUAAUGACAGAGUGGUAAAAACUAACUUUUGUCUUUCAAAAAAGGAAAGAAGCUCAGAAGCUUCUCUCAACUGUUAGGUAGAAAGCCACCUCAUAGGGCUUCAGGGGCUUCACCAAACACCAGAGAACACCUAAUUGGAUAGAAGCCAAAAAGUCCUGCUUGAUCAAUCAAGUAGAAAAGAACAGAACAAAAGAGAAGAGGGGCUUUUGUGUGAAGUGUUUUUACCAGGGGCAGAUCUCUGUACCUGGCUUGAGUUUUUCUGUUUGUUAUUUUGCUUUUAUUAAACCUUUUUUGUUUCUAACACCACAGCAGAAGCCAUCCUGCUUAUUUUAUGCCUCUAAAGUGUAGCUGAGCUAUCCUUGGGUGUAUUAAGUGUUUUUCUAGGGCUUAUAAGAACUGGCUCUAGGACAAACAGCUUAAUAGGAGCCGAGUGUAAUGAUGUUAAAUAUUCAAUUUAACUGUAAAGAGGUAGUAGGUUUAGUUGUAAAAAGGGGGGUUCCAUGUAAGAAAUUAAAAAGAUUGAUUUCUGCAUAUUCUGCAGUAUCAAUUGUUUGUUUUGAUAAAAGUUGAGGGAGGUUUCCUUUCUAAAAGGCUUGGGGGUAAUAAAUUCCCAGUUUUUGUGCUUACUAGAUUUGAUGAGGUAACAUUUUUUUUAAUAAUUUCACAAGAAUAUAAAUGUGUAAGGCUCUCAAAAUGGUUUUCAACUACAUGCAUGAAACCACAAUAAUAGUAAAGAAUUUGUAAGCAGGAAGAAGAGAACAUUUUGUGUACUUAGGACACCUUACAUACUGACCAUACUUUUACAUAAUCUUACAGACUCAACAAGGAAAAUGGAGAUAGCUAUAAACAGCAGUUUACAGUAACCAACUCUCUUUGAAACCUCAAGGUACAGAGCUGUGAAUUGAGGAACUAGAUGAUGGAUAUUGGUACUGUGCAAAAGGAAAGAGAAAACUAGAUUUGCUUUGAAAGAACUUCUAUAGAAUUUAGUCUCUCUGAUUACUAAGAUUGAAAAAAAACCCACAUGAUACAGCUCUGAUAGAGUGAACAUUAACAGUGAAAUCAAAGAGUCAUAGACUACAAUGCAGCUAAGAUUUUUUUUUUAUUUUCUUCAAAGCUUUAGAAGAGAGGACAAGGGAAAGUAUAAAUUAAAAUGUUUUUUCUCCCUC